CUCGACAUCUGGACCGCACUCAAACUCGACUUAAGUGUCAAUAACACUGGACGCGGACCAAUGAGACGAAAUAACUUUACAAGAACAAGUGAAAUGCAAAAAUGUGAUCUUUGCUUGUUGCUCCGCUGGGUAGGAGAGAGAUCGCUGCCGCUGCGCAGAUCAUAGACUUCAUGACGGCGCUCCCGGUGAUCCUCGUCCAGCCCUCAUGUCCCGGAGACCGGAGAGCGAAAGGCGCCCAGUUCCAGUUGACCUGUAACCUGUGCCGAGAGAGCCACAAAACUCAGGUCUGGCUUUGUUUCUUAGUUCUGAGCUUCUUGGGUAUAUCUGCGUGUGCUGCCUGCAUGCCUGAUACAGCACACGUACAAACGUGCUUGGAGAGUCUGAAACCUGCCAUUGAGAGAUCUGACGCUAUGCUGUAUGCUCCAUCAGCUGAUGACAUUAAAGAGAACUGUAAAAUGAUGUCCCUCAGAUGUUACAUGUUGGAGUUGAUGAUGGUUCUCAAUGAAGAAGAAGUUAUGAAUGAAGCAAACUGCAUAUUUGACUUCAAUGAAAGACUGCCUGAUGAAGACAAACCUGUUGGCUGUCCCCCAUGUGAAGCAUACUCACUUAAAAAUAGUACAGUAUUCCUGGAAAGACUAAAUAACCUUUUGGCGGAAAUUACUACACUAUAUAUAUCCAAACAAUGCAAAUAACAUGUAAAUACUGUAAGCUACUAAUGUCUAUUUGUAUAUAUUUUUAAAGAAUUGUGGCUGUUUUUAUUUUGUGAAAAAAAUAACACUGUAACUAUGUCAAUUUGUGACAAACCAUGCCGUCCUGUAUUUGAUAAUAUAGCAGUGUAAAUGUAUAGUGCAGGUCAUGGAGAUGACUGUUUUUAUCUGUACAGAGAAAGUUCCUGUCACUGUAUGUCACAAUCUGCCUUCCAGCUGUGCAGCUUUGAGAGAAGUAUCAGGAGGAAGCAUACAGUAGCAACAUGUACUGCAUAUACAGAAUGUAUUAUAUUAUCAAGCUCACUACUGAAUGUAAUACCAAGUAUACAGUAUAUGCCUAAUAAACUCCAAUAUCUUCUGAA